AUGAAGUGGUCGAAAGGAAAAGUUCGUGACAAGUUAGACAACCAAGUGUUGUUCGAUAAUGUCACCUACGAAAAGCUUCUGAAGGAAGUUCCAGCAUACAGGUUGAUCACACCUUCUAUUGUCAGUGAAAGGCAUAAAGUUCGUGGAUCACUUGCAAGGAAAGCCCUUACUGAGCUGCUCAACAAAGGAGUAGAAAAAUAUAAUGGUUGUCAACUACCGGAACCUCAAAUUGGCCCUUUCUCCAGCACCUUACAGCUCUGUCAGCUGCUGGGUGUUCCUUAA